GUCAAAUACAGGGCGCUGUUCCCACUAAAGUAUUUAUUGUCGUUGGAUUCUUAACUAUGAUUUGUCUCUCCCUCCACGCAACUCAGCCCUAAACCCUCUUCCUUCUCCUCCCACCACCUGGUAUUCUUCCCACUAUCCCGCGACAAGCAUCUCUACUAAAACCCUAGUUUCUGAGUACCUAAUGGAUCCACAACCCGAACCAGUGAGCUAUAUCUGUGGAGAUUGUGGGAUGGAGAACACCCUCAAGCCUGGCGAUGUUAUUCAGUGCCGAGAAUGUGGUUAUCGCAUCCUCUACAAGAAGCGCACUCGCAGAAUUGUUCAAUAUGAGGCACGCUGAAGAAGAGCACGGGGAAAGAAUGGGAUGACAAUCGCUCAACAUCGACUACACAUUUUGUGUCUGUCUAUUAUCGUGCAAAACAGUUUGUAACUAGUAGUUAGUUUAUUAUGAGAACCUAAGGUGAAAACUUGAAUUGUCUGCUCGUGGGUCCAUCUUUGCCAUUCAACAUGUGAAAUCCAGUCUUGAACAA